AUGGCCCAUGCGCCAGUGGGCAAAGAGCUGGCGAGACUUACAGCCACGCCGUUGUCUCCGGAGAUCGAGAGUACACUACUUCCUGCCGAAUUCCACCAGUCUAAGUUCACCUUGUACGAUGGAAAAAUGGAUCUGUACAUGCACGUGAGUCAUUACCGGCAAGUAAUGGCUGGCCACUGGCGCAAUGACGCCUUGAUGUGCCUCAUAUUCCCAGCAAGCUUGGGAGAACUGGGCCUGAAGUGGUUCGAAAGGCUUCCAGAAGGGAGUAUAGAGGGGUGGCAGCAACUAGCGGAAGCCUUCGUCACCAGAUUCAAAACCAACACUCGAACGCCGAAGGAGGUCGAUCAUCUUCUGGGCGUCAAGAUGGAGUCAGGGGGAUCAUUGAAGGCAUACAACGCGAAGUACUGGGAAACUUACAACGAGAUCCUCGACUGCCCUACCAAUCCGGUGAUCACUCAAUACAAGCGGGGUCUCCCAGUCGGGCAUAGGCUGCGGGACUCGCUCACGAUGCACCAACCCACAACCAUGGAGUCCUUGAUACAGCGGAUCAAUGAGCACAUUCGUGUGGAGGAUGAUGCCGCCUCCGCGAUCGAGAAGGUUAAUCCGGUCGCAGCGGACAGAAGGGUAGCAGGGAAAGUUCACUUGGUCAGGCAGGAGGAUAACCGCCCAAGCGACCGGCCAAAAGAUCAACGACGUGGCCCAAACCGCGAUGACAGAAACAAGGGUCGCAGAAACGAUCGAGCUGAUGCUCCCCGUGAUGCAGCGGAGGAUGCUAAGAGAAAAUUGAAGGUGCGGACUGGAAUCACCACAGUCUUUAAAAUCCCUAUCUACCGCAUCUUGAGUGAAAUCAGAGGCGAGCCUUUUGUUCAUUGGCCGGCCAAGUUGGGGAAUGCACAGAGAGGCUUCAACUGA